AUGAUUAAGGUAUUGCCUUUGUUGCUUCUACUUACAAUAUGUUAAUCUGAAGAUGCACCUGUAGCAAGAUUUGCAUAUGGAAAUAUGAAUUUCAUGCCAAGAUAAAGAGCUCCCUUCUUUAGUGCUAUAGCAGUUACCCCAGAUUUGAAAUUCCAAAAGAUAUCUCUUUCUGAUUAUUAAGGAAAGUAUGUGGUUUUGUUAUUUUACCCAUUUGAUUUCACAUACGUAUGUCCAACAGAAUUAGUUGCCUUUUCAAAUGCAAUUGAUUAAUUCAGAGCUUUGGGUGCAGAAGUAUUAGGUAUUUCCACAGAUUCCCAUUUUACUCAUUUGGCAUGGUUGAAGACACCAAGAAAUUAAGGAGGAGUUGGAGAUCUUCAGAUUCCAUUAUUGGCAGAUAUUUCAAAGAAUAUAUCAAAAGCAUAUGGUGUAUUAGUUGAAGAUGAAUUGGAUGAAUUAUAUGGUGCUUCAUUAAGAGGAUUGUUUAUAAUAGAUAAAAAAGGUAUAGUAAGAACAAUGUAAAUAAAUGAUGCUCCAGUAGGAAGGUCAGUAGAUGAGACAUUAAGAUUAAUCUAAGCAUUUUAAUACACAGAUACUCAUGGUGAAGUAUGUCCUGCAAAUUGGAAACCUGGACAAAGAACUAUUGUUCCAGAUUAAGAUAAGAAAGGGGAAUAUUUUGCAAAAAGUGAAUUAUGAUC